AUGCGUGCCUGGAAGGCGGUGGCCAGCACGCUGGCGCUCAGCGGGGCCGAUGUGGUGGUCACCACGCUGCUCUACACCCACGGCCAGGGCGGCCGGAACGUCCUGCAGGACCUGCGGCACUUCAACAUCUUCAACUCGCUGCUGGACAUCUGGGGGGGCUGCCUGUACCGCAGCUGUGUGCUGCUGGGGGCUGCCAUCGGCGUGGCCACCAACACGGCCUAUGGCCCCCGGCGCCUCCGGGCAUCGCGGACCUUCAUCGCCGUCAUCUGCCUCCUCAUGGGUAUCUACAUGAUGGUGAAGCUGCUGCUCUACUCGGAGGUGCGGAAGACCAUCAGGGACCCCUGGUUCUGGGGGCUCUUUGCCUGGACCUACGUGGCGCUGGCGGCCACCUUUGGGCUGUGGCAGCUGCUGGCCUGUGUCACCUCCUCCCGCGAGGCGCUGGGACCUGGCUCUGAGUCCCGUGCUGAGGUGGAGGAGAGCUGUGAUGGGGGCACCCCCAGGGACAAGAGGGAGGAGGCAGCGGGUCCCACCAUCCAUAAACUGCUGUCCUACACCAAGCCUGAUGCCUUCUUCCUGGGCAUCGCCUCCUUCUUCCUCCUCGUGGCUGCCUUGGGAGAGACCUUCCUGCCCUACUACACGGGGCUGGCCAUCGAUGGCAUCGUGGUGCAGAAGAGCAUGGAUCGCUUCUCCACAGCAGUGCUGGUCAUGUCACUGCUCGCCAUAGGAAGCUCAUUUGCCGCAGGUAUCCGGGGCGGCGUUUUUACGCUCAUCUUUGCAAGACUGAACAUCCGCCUUCGCAACUGCCUCUUCAGGUCGCUGGUGUCUCAGGAGAUGAGUUUUUUUGAUGAGAAUCGCACAGGGGACGUCAUCUCCCGCCUGACGUCGGACACGACCAUCGUGAGUGACCUGGUCUCCCAGAACAUCAACAUCUUCCUGCGCAACGUGGUCAAGGCCACGGGCGUGAUCUUCUUCAUGUUCAGCCUCUCCUGGAAGCUCUCCCUGGUCACCUUCAUGGGCUUCCCCAUCAUCAUGCUGGUGUCUGAUGUCUAUGGGAAGUACUACCAGAAGCUCUCCAAGGAUGUGCAGAGCGCUCUGGCCAAGGCCAACAACACAGCUGAGGAGACCAUCUCGGCCAUGAAGACCGUCCGCAGCUUCGCCAACGAGGAGACCGAGGCCAACGUGUACUGGCAGAAGCUGCAGCAGGUGUACAAGCUCAACAAGAGGGAGGCCAUGGCUUACACCUACUAUGUCUGGUCCAGCGGGCUGACCCUGCUGGUGGUCCAGGUCAGCAUCCUUUACUACGGUGGGCACCUCGUGAUCUCUGAACAAAUGACCAGUGGAAACCUGAUAUCCUUCAUCAUUUAUGAGUUUGUCUUGGGAGACUGCAUGGAGUCCAUUGGCUCCGUGUACAGCGGCCUCAUGCAGGGAGUGGGAGCUGCUGAGAAGGUUUUUGAGUUCAUCGACCGCAAACCCACGAUGGUGCACGACGGGUCCCUGGCUCCAGAUCACGUGGAUGGGAAGGUGGAGUUCAGGAAUGUCACCUUUUCCUACCGCACUCGCUCCGCAACACAGGUGCUGCAGAACGUGUCCUUCACCCUGCACCCUGGCAAAGUGACAGCGCUGGUGGGUCCUUCAGGGAGUGGGAAGAGCUCCUGUGUCAACAUCCUGGAGAACUUCUACCCUCUGCAGGAUGGGCAGGUGCUGCUGGAUGGGCGUCCCAUUAACAUGUACGAUCACAAGUACCUGCACUCCGUGAUCUCCCUGGUGAGCCAGGAGCCUGUGCUGUUCGCCCGCUCUAUUGCAGAUAAUAUUUCCUAUGGCUUAACUUCAGCCUCCUUCGAGUCAGUGGUUCAGGCUGCCCAGAAGGCAAAUGCCCACAACUUCAUCACUGAGCUCCAGGACGGCUACCACACAGAAGCAGGUGAAAAGGGAGCUCAGCUGUCAGGUGGGCAGAAGCAGAGGGUGGCGAUUGCCAGGGCCUUGAUCCGAGCCCCUCCCAUCCUCAUCCUGGAUGAAGCCACGAGUGCGCUGGAUGCGGAGAGCGAGCAUGCGAUUCAGCAGGCGAUUUACGGCGACUUGCAGAACCACACGGUUCUUGUCAUAGCUCACAGGCUGAGCACUGUGGAGAGGGCACACAACAUCAUUGUGCUGGACAAGGGCCGCGUGGUGCAGCAGGGCUCUCACAAGGAGCUGAUGGAAGAAGGAGGCCUUUAUUCCAAGCUGGUGCAGAGACAAAUCCUGGGGCUGGAGGGGGGCGGCACGGACAGUGUCCAGCCUGCAGCCCGGGGGGAUUCGGCGAAGGCGCCCGGCGGGCUGGAGGAAGAGUUCAGGAUAGAACAUUCCCUGGCACAGGACGAUUUCACCAACGCUGCUCCCAAGUGA